CAAGCGUGAAUAUCGAUCAGGAGAUGGAUGUCGAUGAAGUCAUACCAGAGAAAUCAGUGACAACUAGACAUUCGAAUCGGAAGACUAGUUCAGCACUAAAGAGUGACGUAAAGAAAAAGCAAUCAAAGAAAGAAAAGAAUGAUGAAUUAGAUAUCAGUGAGGUUGAAGAAGAUUUUAAAUUAAAAUUGCCGAAGAGAUCAAAAAAGGAUGAUAACGACGGAUCCACUCUUACGGAAGAUCGUCUUUCUAAGAAAAAGCAGAGAAAAACCAGGAAAGAUAGUGAUGAAAGUGAAGUCGAAGACGUUAAAAUGGAUCUUGAUAACAUUAAAACAAAUACUACUAAAAAGACUGCCACGAAAAAAUCAUCACAACUGCCGGAAGUUGAUGAAUCAAAGCCUACCAAGGAUGAUCCUGAAGUAAUACCAAAGUCCAGUAAAGGGUCUACGUAUCGCAACUUUUUACAAAGAACUGGGCCAUCAGCGCCUGGGUCAAAAGAAAUACCUGUUGGCGCAGAAAAUUGUUUGUCGGGUCUGACUUUCGUUUUUACUGGUGAUCUAGAAUCUCUCGGUCGGGAAGAGUCGCAGGAUCUUGUUAAACGUUAUGGAGGUAAGGUGACUGCCUCUGGUCCAAGUUCGCGCACUUCGUACGUUGUUGUUGGUGAUAAUCCCGGUCCGAAAAAAAUGGAAAAGGCCAAAGAACUUAAAAUCCCUACUCUAACCGAAGAUCAACUAUUGGAACUUAUCAAGACGUCGCCUGGAAAAAUAGAUUCUUCAAAUGUAAACUCGGGAAAAGAAAAAACGAAACAAAGUACUAAGAAGGAGAUAGAGAAAAUUCCACGAUCUCCUUCUCCCUCAAGUUCUUUGAGUAUAGACAUUACACCCUCACAAUUAUGGACUGAAAAAUACAAGCCAACAUCAAUCAAAGAAAUUUGUGGUAACAAGACGCAGGUCGAUAACCUUCAAAAAUGGUUAAGCGCAUGGGACGAAAAUCGUAGAAAGGGAUUUAAAUUUCAAAAUAAUAAUACUUAUCCGGCUGCGUUAAUAUCUGGAGUUCCUGGAAUUGGAAAA